ACGGGGCGGCCUCCUAUUGGCCGGCCUGCAGCGCGCGCGCCCGCGACAGCGCAAGCGCCACACACACACACACAAAAUGGCGUCGAGGGCGACCAAGAACGGCUUCCUGUCCAAAUGGAAGAUUGAUGACAAGCCAAUUAAGAUUGAUAAGUGGGAUGGUGCGGCUGUGAAAAAUGCCUUGGACGACGCUGCCAAAAAGGUUAUUCUGGAGAAGUACGGGUAUGAGGAGAAUUAUGGCCUGAUUGAUGGUCGACUCCUCAUCUGCACCAUCUCCUGCCUCUUUGCGAUAGUUGCCCUGAUCUGGGACUAUAUGCAUCCUUUUCCAGAGUCAAAGAACGUACUUGCCGGCUGUGUGCUAUCCUAUUUUGUUAUGAUGGGAAUUCUCACAUUUUAUACUUCGUACAAAGAGAGAAGCAUAUUUUUAAUUGCGAUACAGAAAGACCCUGCUGGAUUGGAUCCUGGAGAUACCUGGCAGCUGUCGUCAUCUCUGCGGAGGUUUGAUGACCAGUACACCCUGAGAAUGACCUUCAUCGAUGGGCGGACCAACCAGGAGCGGGAGAGGGAAUUUACCAAGUCCCUCGAGUACUUCUUCGAUGAUUCUGGGACCAUGGUGAUGGAUCUGUUUGAGCCAGAAGUGUCGAAACUGCAUGAUUCUUUAGGGAAGAAGAAAAAGAUGAAAUAAGAGUCUGUAUGUGCUUUGCAUUGUGUUGUACUGCUGGGAUCGUACUCAAGAAAAGAAAG